GAGAUGCUGGCAGGAGAAACCCCAGUAGAAGGGGCCAAAGUCCUUCCUCAUUUAUGGCCUUGGGGAGUUAAUGUGUAAUAGUCUAGGAUAUAAACUUGACCAGGAGGUGAGAACCUGAGCACAGGCCUGCGAGGAGCCACUGGGAGCUGCCCCAGGAGCUGUCGCCAUGUCGGGGGAUUUUGAGAUUAAGAACAUGGAAAUGAAGUCGGGGACAACCUUGAAGAUCAAGGGCAAGAUCUCCAAGGACACUAAGGGCUUUGCGAUUAAUCUGGGCCAAGGGACAGAUAAGCUGAGCCUUCACUUCAACCCUCGCUUCAAUGAAUCCACCAUUGUCUGCAACUCAUGGGAUGGCAGCCGCUGGGGACAGGAGCAACGAGAAAAUCACCUGUGCUUCAGCCCAGGGUCAGAGGUCAAGUUCACCGUGACCUUUGAGAAUGGCGAGUUCAAGGUGAAGCUGCCAGACGGGCACGAGUUCACCUUUCCCAACAGGCUGGGCCACAGCCACCUGAGCUACCUGAGCGUGAGGGGCGGCUUCCAGGUCUCCUCCUUCAAGUUUGAUUGA